AUGGGACUCACCGUUUCUCCUCUAACUAGAAUCAUAUCCUUGUCAGGAUUCCUGGCUCUCGGCUUUUUGUUGGUGAUUUUAAGCUGUGCCCUAUUUCACAACUACUACCCUCUUUUUGACAUUCUUCUAUUUUUACUAGCUCCACUGCCAAAUGCGCUAUUCAGCAAGCAUAAUUUCGAUUCGAGUGAUUUUAUGAGUGAAGCCAAUGGCGGUGUUGAAGAUGUCGGUCACUUUUUUACAGGUCUACUCGUGACAAGCGGGCUCGCUUUGCCCACAGUUUUCUACCAUUGCCAGUUGAUCAACCACUACAGUUGCAUCAUGAGCACGUUGGGAGGUGUGAUCAUUUACCUCAGCAUAGUCGUGUUCUCAUGGUUUUUCAGUGCUGGAUGGGAUGACGAAGACGACGGAAUGUUCGGAUAUUGA